AUGUUGGAACCAGAUUUUUUCGACUUUGAGCCCAGUUACACCGCCAAACCGGCGAUAUCGAAGACUACAUCGCUGUCGGAUGACACUGCCGAGGAUGAAGAGCUUGACGAGCAUACAACUUUUACCGAAAACACGUGGGAGCCACUCAGUAUUAACCUUGCACUCCCCGAUGAUUCAGUAUACUAUGAUACUGAAGAACCCUUACCCGGCGAUGUUGUACCAGAAAUUGAUUUCUCGGACCCAGCCAUGACAGAGGAGUGGGCCGAGCCAAUGGCACUGUAUGUCACUGAGCUUCACGGUCCGCCCAUUGUCGGAGCAGCUAUUGUACGAUGUGAAGAUUCGCAGGUCAGUGUAGACUUUUCACAUCCAAGGUAUCUGCGAUACUGCCAGCAUAAGCCCGAUGUCAGCAAACUACGGACAAACGACAUUAACAACUGGACAUCGAGAGGAAAGAAUGCCAUAUACCAACUGCAGUCAUGUUUUUAUCUGGUACCUAGAUUGGCUCUGGGUGCUAUGAAAGAAACAUCGUUGGUCGACUUCGUUUACUUCACGUUGCCUACACCAUCGGGGAACUAUCUCUAUGGUAUCAGUUACGUGGCAAGGUUCGAAAGUGUAAAACCCGAACCUGAACUGCCGGAGGAAAAUAAAGUGGCAGAAACAGAUGACACGCAAAAGACGAAUGGCGAAGGGAAUACAGAAGUCAAAGAGAAUGUGUGUAAUCUUAAUAAUGUGCAACCUGAGCAACGAAAACGCCCUUCAUAUUAUUACGUAGCUGUUUGCGUAAUAAGCAAGGUGCCCUUUUUCUGUUAUAUAGGUUCAAGGCUAGAAUGUAUAGCCCAGACGUAUUUCCAUAACCAAUGUUUCUCGGACCACCAGCUGCUAUUGUCGUUUGUUGAACACAUGAACUCCGUGGAAACCGUAGAAAACUGGAGUUAUGAGUCCAUUUACUUCAACCUAGAGUGGUAUUUCAAACCUAUAGCACUAUGUCUCAGCUACCGAUCAACGCUGUUUAUUAUCAAGUGUAUUCUGCUGGGUCGUAGGAUCGCCGUGUACUCACAUUCAGCGGCACGUACGUCUACAGCGAUAUUGUCACUACUCACAAUGAUCCCUGGUGCAAAUACCUUGGGUUUCAACUCUAAAAACUUCGGUUCACUAUGGCAUUCGUGGAAAAAGUUCAGUAUGCCGCUGUUUCUAUUCCACUCUAAGAAUCUCAUUCUGCCCUACUUCACAGCGGAUAUGGUAGAUCUGUUAAAAGAGGCUGAAGGAUACCUAAUUGGUAUCACUGAUUUUGCUAUGGUGAAAACACUCUGCAAAAUACCGGAAUUUGUGGUCAACCUCGAAAUGAACAAUAUUCAGCUCAUGAAUGGUGAGCUCCUGGACAUGUACCACCCUUCACUAUACGAGGUGCAACAGUUUGACCGUAUAAUGGAACCGGAUUACAGCUCAGACGAUGAAGAGGUGAUGAAAUCUGUUAUGGACACGAGUGAGGCGAUCUACGGCACCAUCAGUAGUUACUUGGCCAAGACCCCUGCAACUCUCAUUGAUAUCGGAAGUUCUGUAAAACGUGUUCUAGGUCGACGUUCUAACGUUCAAGCUGUAAUUAAAUGUAAUGAGAGUGCUUUGGGUCUGCUUGACAAAUACUUCCCGGGAUCUGUGCCACUUUGGCUGAAGAAAACAGCGAGGCCAAGGGACUUUGCUAAUCCAGGUGAUAAAAAUUCCAAAGCGAAUAUGAAUUCACCUAGACAAGCACAGGUACCCGUUGAACCUAAACUUCUCACAAUACAGGACAUGUUCUUGAAGAUGUCUGCUGAUAAUCGCACUUACCAAUAUAUGGGAUAUAUUGAACACUUGCACAUAAGUCAGAAGGAUAAAGACCGCAAUCGUGAAAUUGAGCAUGCAAUCAACACUAGGAUCAAUCCUAUGCAGGAAUAUUGGUUAAAGUUUCUCACUGAUGUAGCCUAUGUGUGUGGAGAGCGUAGGCUCAUGUACCAACUAGUGAUGGACUUCGAAUACAAAUGUGAAGCAAUGGCUGACUGUUCUUACCCCGUAAAGGGAACUGUUAUAAAGCGUGGUGAUAAGUAUCUGCGUGGUAAUCUUCCUGAGCCCGAAGAGGGCGAUCCAGGGUUGCUGGAUCUGCUUCUAAAUGACUCUUGUUGUGGGUUCACAUCCGAUUCGUCCAACGGUCACGAGAGUUCCGACUCUGACAGUGAUGCGUCGGCGGAUGAGACCACACAAGACGUAACAUGUGAGGACAAGGAUACAACAAAGGAUGACGUUGAUGCCAAAGAAGAUGAACAAACUGAGUCUUCCAAGGUGGCUGUAACUAAGGUCCAAAAGAGUAAAAAACCGGCGACACCUCCUAAACCCAAGAAGAAAGUUAAGGAAGUGAAAUCACACCCUCUUGUGAAGAUUUUGUCUUUCUUCCAGCGUGGGAAGUCGGAGAAGAAAUCAAAGAAAAGGAAGGUCAGGGAGAAGGUGCCCAAGGAACCCAAGAAGUCCAAAAAAUCCGAAAAAAAGGCAUCUGAAGAACCUGAGGAUACGAAAGAAGUGGAAGACGAGCAAGAUAUUGAUGAAGCUUAUUCGGAUGGUUAUAGGAGCGCCACGGUCGAUGCAUCUGAUGAAGACAACGAUGUUGAAUAUGCCGAUGACAACCAAUAUGACACUUACGAAUAUGAAGACGCUUCUUACGAGGUAGAGGAAGAAGAGGAGGAACAGGAGGAAGAAGAAGAAGAAGAGGAGGAAGAGGAAGCUGAACAGGAUUACUAUGCUGAAUCUGAGGAAGUGACCGAAGAGGAAUACGAAUACGAGGAACAAUAUGAAUACGAGCAAACUCGUUAUGCGUCCUCUGAAGCAGAAUAUGAACCUGAGCAGGAUUCAUAUGUACAGGAAAGCGAACCGAAAUCUGAAGAAAACUACGAGCCUGAACAAACCUCAUAUGUAUCAGAAGAUGAAAUACAACAUGAAUCAGAAUAUGAAAAGGGUUCAUAUGCGUCGGAUGAUGAGAUAGAUGUCGAACCUGAACAACCGUCGUAUGAUUAUGAAAACGAGGGUGAAUCUCAAUCAUACGCAUACCCUGGUAGGGAGUCUCCUACGUCUUCAGUAUCGCAAAGUGAGGCAGAAGAAGAAGAAGAAGCGCAAUAUGACCAUGUUUCACAUUCUCCACCUGCACAGCAGAGUGAUGUAGAAGCUGACCCUUACAUUGGACAGGAGCGGGAUCAGCGAGAAGCAUAUGCAUCGGACAAUGAGAUGGGAUAUAAAUCAGAUGAAGGGUAUGAACGAGCAUCACGUGAAGGAAGUGACGAGGAAAGAUAUGAGCCUGAGGCCAAUGUGCAUUGGGAUGACGAAAACGAACGUCCCUCACGUUACACCGUUGACGGUGAAGCGGACGACCAAGACUACUCCGAACAACUGCAGGAGGGACACCAAGAAAUAUCGCAAGAAACUCAGGAUGACUACCAACCAACUGCCGGAGAUGUAAGGGAGGAAGAGCAAAAAUCUUCUGAAGAAGUGAAGGAUGAAUAUCAACAAACUGUUGUUGAACAGAAAGAGGUAGAGCAGCAGGGUGAGAACGUUGAAGAGUUUGAGGAUGCUUUGGAUGACAGUGGUGAACCACAGGCUGAGGAAUCGUCGCAAGUGGUUACGGAGGAACCUGCGCCAGAGUCUAUAACGGUAGAGCGUUCCACUCCCGUAGGUACUGAUGAUCAAUAUGUUGGAAAGGACGAUGCGCAGGUGUCGCACGAUCGUGAGGAGCAGCACGAUAUAACCGAAGCGCAAGUAGAGGAGGAUAUUAAAACUCAAGAUGAGACUACUACGGUCUCUGACGAAACCACUAAACAACAGGUUGAACCUGACAGCCCUGAAGUAGAGGCUACAGAGUCCCAGGACACACCAGUGGAAGGUAAAACCGUUGUGCAUGAGACAGAUGUCGUCGAAUCUACCAGUUUGGACAAAAAGGAACCAAGGAGUGAUGAGGCUGAGGAAACUUCUACAAAGGAACCGCAAUCGGAAUUCAUGGGUGCUGUGGAGCCUGAGCCUGACACUCAGCCAUCAAAAACGGAGGGUGUCGAUGAAGUACCUGUGACAGUCGAGAAGCAGGACACACAAGAAAAGGAAGUUACCGCCUCAGAUACAGUAGUCAGAGAGGAAACUCCCGGUGAUGCGGAGAAACCUCAGGUUGCACCAGAGGUGACUGCAAAGAGUCCCGGUGAAGCUAAAAUUCACGAUGACGCUAGUGCCUACAAUUCCGCUGAGGAAGGUUCCGACGUGGAGAUGGCAGAUAAACAAGCUGGUCCUUCCAAACCCACCGAUAUGUUACGUAGUGCUGAUGGUACUACUCAAGCUGGAGACACUGACACUAAAAAGCAAACAGAGGAGGGUGGUAUGGUCACAUCGUCUGUGAAGAAAUCGGAUGAAGUCGAUCAAACCGGAGUUGGUGCUGCCGGAGGCAUCCAGGACGAAGAUGCGGCAAUUAAGGCCCAGGAAGGUAUUAAGGGACAUGGUAUAGGUGAAGGUGAGCAGCCCAAAGAAGGCCAGAUAGGUCCUGAUGGUCAUCCUAUUAAACCAGGUGAAGGAGAAAUAGGUCCUGAUGGUCAUCCUAUUAAACCAGGUGAAGGAGAAAUAGGUCCUGACGGUAAGCCUAUUAAACCAGGUGAAGGAGAAAUAGGUCCUGACGGUAAGCCUAUUAAACCAGGUGAAGGAGAAAUAGGUCCUGAUGGUAAGCCUAUCAAACCGAAGGAAGGCGAAGAAGGUGAGGAUAAGGAUGGCAAGGCUAAGCGUCGUCGUAAGAAGCCUAAGGGACGACUUCGUACUAUCAGGAUCAAUACUCGGCAGCCCGGAGAUGAAGUGUUGUCGUUCGAGGUGACCGGUACCGUUGCCACCAAGAUUAUGGAGUUGCAGAACAACCAUUCGUUGGACUUCCUCGAGUUCUGGAUAAAUACUUUGUGCGCGCAGAAGUUUUUUGAGGGCCACCAACUGGAUACUUUCAGCGACCCUGUGUACUACACAAGCGGCAAUAUUGCGAAGCAGAAGUAUCCCAACGGUGAUUUGUAUAUUGGAGAACUGGUAUGCAUGCGUCGCGAAGGCAGAGGUACUUAUAUAGCUGCCGAUGGUACUGUGUAUGAGGGUAGUUGGUUGGGUGGUAAGCGUCAUGGUCAGGGUACGCUUAAAUCUACGAAACAUGGUUACAAGUACCGUGGUUCUUGGGUAGCGGAUAAACGUGAGGGUCACGGUGAACUUCAUACACCGCAUUUCAUUUACGUCGGUGGGUUUAAGAACAACACAUUCAACGGUACUGGUAAAUUGAUAAACGGUGGCAAGGAUACUUACGAGGGUGACUUCCAAGAUGGCAAAUACAAUGGACGUGGUCGGCUUACUAUGAAAGAUGGCACCGUUAAAAUCGGUUCAUUCCGCAACAACGAGUUAUAUGGCGUGUGCAGUAUGAUCAAACCGGACGGCCGUAUAUACGUUGGCAAGUUCCAUGGUGAUGUUCUUGACGGUCGAGGGAAGUUGGUCUACGAUAGUACUACCACCUUCGAUGGUCAGUGGAUGCGAGGUAUCCGUGACGGACAAGGAGUGCUGUCCAUAAAGAUGGGUAAUUCAGAAUCAGAUGGAACUAUUGCUAUCGAUGGCAUUUGGGAACUUGACAGUCUGGUGCUUGGUGAGGUGCUUCUAACCUUCCCCAAUGGCUACAAGUACUUCGGCAGCAUUGCCUUCUGCUCUGACUUGACACCGCUGAUGCAUACACCCUCAUACAACGAAUCUAUAUAUAGUCUCAUCAAAGAAUUGUUUUUGUCAUUUGACAAUCGCUGGCUUCCACACGGGAAGGGCAUUAUAAAGUACCCUAGUGGUAGCUCAUUUAACGGCGAUAUGUUUAACGGUAUGCGCCACGGUGAAGGAAUUAUGGUGUUCCCCAACGGCGUAUCAUACAGUGGUCCGUGGGCGUUCGGAACUGUUCAUGGUGAUGCUGAGGUGACCUUCCCAGGUGACCUGCUUGGUACUAGUUUGAAAUUCCAGUACGGCAAGCUUAUCGACACCUUGUCUGAAGAGCAUUUGCCGUACAUGAACGAGUGUUUAAUCGAGAUUGGUGCGCCAGGCUUUGAGCGCGAGUUCACUCUACGCAACUUGGAGCCACUCCCCGGCCUGCUGAUCAGGGGCGGUAUGUUCCGUUGA